AUGUUAACUUCUACUUAUACUCGCAAUCAAAUCGUAUUUCUCAUCGUACUAGUUCUCACAUUAGUCUCUCUGAGCGAAUCUCGAUAUCAUCACCAAAAAAAGAAACACAAACACAGUAGCCAUAACCAUCACUCCUCAAAACCAGCGCCACCUCCUUCUUCAAUCUCUCAGCCUCCUACUCCUCCUCCGGGCCCCACUGACUCACCGUCACUGCCACCGUCACCUUCCGACGAGCCUGUAGAAGAUAACAACGGAGUCUUUAACGUGAGAAAGUAUGGUGCGGUCGGCGACGGAGACACUGACGACACUGAAGCAUUCAAAACGGCGUGGGACUCAUCUUGUAGCAACGAGAACAACACAGUUUCUGAGUUGCUUGUUCCUUACGGUUAUACAUUUAUGAUCCAGUCCACUAUUUUCACUGGUCCUUGUCGCUCUUACCAAUUAUUCCAAGUGGAAGGGACCAUUGUAACACCAGACGGACCAGAAUCGUGGCCGAGCAAUGUAAGUAAAAGACAGUGGCUUGUGUUCUAUAGAGUCAACGGAAUGGCUUUGAAAGGUUCCGGAGUUAUCGACGGCCGGGGACAAAAAUGGUGGGAUCUUCCCUGCAAACCUCACCGGACCGUCAACAAAUCUGCAAUUGUUGCUGGUCCUUGCGACAGCCCCAUUGCUUUGAGGUUCUUUAUGAGCUCGAAUCUAAGGGUGGAAGGUCUACAGAUAAAAAACAGCCCGCAGUUUCAUUUCAGAUUCGAUGGAUGUCAAGGAGUUAACGUCGACUCCCUUCACAUCACUGCUCCGCCGUUAAGUCCCAACACUGACGGCAUCCACAUUGAGAACUCUAACUCCGUUACCAUCUACAACUCCAUCAUCUCCAACGGAGAUGAUUGUGUAUCGAUUGGUUCCGGAUCCUACGAUGUUGAUAUCAGAAAUCUCACUUGUGGACCCGGUGGCCAUGGAAUUAGUAUUGGAAGUUUGGGCAAUCACAACUCACACGCAUGCGUCUCAAACAUAACCGUUAGAGACUCGAUCAUAAAAUACUCCGACAACGGAGUUCGGAUCAAAACGUGGCAAGGUGGGUCCGGUUCGGUCUCAGGCGUGACGUUCAACAACAUCCACGUGGACACAGUUCGUAACCCAAUAAUCAUUGACCAAUACUAUUGCAUGACCAAAGAUUGUGCUAACAGAACAUCUGCGGUUUAUGUAUCUGAUAUUGCGUACCAAGGCAUCAAAGGAACUUACGACAUUCGAAGUCCUCCGAUGCAUUUUGGUUGCAGCGAUUCGGUUCCGUGCACUAAUUUAACUCUUUCCGACAUCGAAUUGCUUCCUGCGAAAGGCGAAAUCGUUUUGGAUCCGUUUUGUUGGAAUGCUUAUGGCAUCGCUGAAGAGCUUUCGAUUCCACCGGUUUGGUGUCUCAUGUCCGAUCCUCCCACGGCGUUACAAGGAACUCUAGUUGACAAAUGUGGUUCGUCGUGA